CAUGGCGUGCCGGGAGGGACCGCUUCUCAUUUCUUCAGAAAAUGAUUCAACCCCAGUAGUUUCAACAUCGGAAGUAACUAGUCAACAAGAGCCCCAAAUUCUUGUUGACCGUGUGUCUGAGACCAACUGCGAAAGCAGCGCCGCCAUUGAUGGCGACCAAGGCACCCAGAUUCCUGACGACCAAGACUCUCAAAGGGGUUCGGACAGCAGCGCCCAAGAUGCUGCCCGGGCCCCAGAAAACUCCCAGGAAGGGAAAGACAUGAGUAAAAGCCAGGAUGAAGUUCCUGAUGAAGUUGAGAACCAGUUUAUAUUGCGUCUGCCUCUGGAACACGCUUGUACUGUCAGGAAGCUAAUACAUUCUCAAAGUGUCGAUAUUAAGGACAAACUAAAAAUUGACUUAUCGCCUGAUAGGCGCCAUGCAGUUGUUGAAGUAGAAGAUGUCCAACUAGCUGGUAAGCUGGUUGACUUGCCUUGUGUUACUGAAAGCCUGAAAACUCAUGAUAAAAAAGCCUUUUAUAAAACAGCAGACAUUUCUCAGAUGCUUGUGUGCACUGCUGAUGGUGAUCUCCACCCUUCUCCAGAAGAACCAGCUGCCUCUACUGAUCCUAAUGUAAUCAGGAAAAAUGAAAGGGAGAGAAAGAAAAAAGGUGUCUGGAAGCAUGGCAUUACUCCACCACUUAAGAAUGUGAGAAAGAAAAGGUUCCGGAAAACAAAAACAAAGUCCCCAACUUCGCUUCAGAACAUUGAAUCUCCAGAAGUGGAAAAGGAAGUAAAGAGACUGCUGCAUUCAGAUGCUGAAGCCAUAAGUACCCGUUGGGAAGUUAUUGCUGAAGAUGGAACCAAGGAAAUAGAAAGUCAAGGCUCCAUCCCAGGAUUUGUGAUAUCCUCGGGAAUGAACAGCUACAAGCAGAGUCACAUCUCAUCAGAAUAUUGUAUGCUUCAAGAGAUGUUCAGUGGUUCUAGAAGUAACAGUGAUGAGGAUGAGGAUGAUGAAGAUGAGGAUGAGGAUGAGGACGAUGAGGAUGACAAUGAGGAAGAUGAGGAUGACGAGGAAGAUGAGGAUGACGAUGAGGAUGAAGAUGAAGAAGACGAGGAAGAUGAUUCUGAAGAGUAUCUCAAAAGGCAGAUACAGGCCAAGUUUAUUGAAUCUGGCCAGUAUAGGGCAAAUGAAGGUGUCAGUUCAAUAGUCAUGAAAAUUCAGAAGCAGAUUUGUAAAAAGGAGAAAAAGCUCCAUGAGAUUCAGAACAAAACACAAAGACAGAAGGAUCUCAUCAUGAAAGUGGAAAACCUGACACUCAAGAAUCAUUUUCAGUCUGUGCUGGAGCAGCUUCAGGUACAGGAAAAACAAAAAAAUGAGAAGCUCAUUUCUCUACAGGAAAAAUUGCAGCGUUUUCUGAAGAAGUGACGAGAGCCAUUAGCCUGGCACACAAACCUUGGAUUCACCAUCCAAACUGAAGACUGGAUGAAACUGUGCAUGUUUCUGUCCCUUCAGCUGCCUUAUGUUGAAUCAGUUAUAUUUAUCUGUACCUUUUUUGCUACUUUUAAUAUGCUCAAGGUUUGCAGUCAUGUAGAAAAGAGCAAUAUAAAAAAUGAUAGACUUAGAGAUCCCAUUCAGCCAUGACUUUCUCUUUAUCAACUUGGGAAUUAUUAUUAUUAAUUUAGAAAUGAGUCCCUUCAGCUGCCUUAUGUUGAAUCAGUUAUAUUUAUCUGUAACUUUUUUGCUACUUUUAAUAUGCUGAAAGUUUGUAGUCAUGUAGAAAAGGGCAGUAUAAAAAAUAAUAGACGUAGAGAUCCCAUUCGGCCAUGAGACUUUCUCUUUGUCAAUUUUGGAAUUAUUAAUUUAGA